UGUCCCGUCGGGCCUCGCGGCGACGGCGGGAAGAUGGCGGCGGCGGGAUCCCUGGAACGGAGCUUCGUGGAGCUGAUCGGAGCUGAACGCGAAAGGCCCAGGCACUUUCGGGAAUUUACAGCCCGCGUCGUUGGGACUGCCAGUGCUGUUUUUGGAGCCGUGAAAUACAGCGAGAGCGCGGGAGGCUUCUAUUAUGUGGAAAGUGGCAAGUUGUUCUCCGUCACCAGAAACAGGUUCAUUCAUUGGAAGACUUCUGGGGAUACAUUGGAGCUGGUGGAGGAAUCACUGGACAUAAAUUUGUUGAAUAAUGCAGUUCGCCUAAAAUUCCAAAAUUGCAGCCUCUUACCCAGUGGGGUUCAUGUCUCUGAAACUCAGAAUCAUGUGAUAAUCUUGAUAUUAACCAAUCAGACAGUGCACAGGUUAAUUUUACCACAUCCUUCCCGUAUGUACAAAAGUGAGCUGGUAACUGAAAGUCAGAUGCAGUCAAUAUUUACUGACAUUGGAAAAGUUGAUUUUAGAGAUCCUUGCAACUAUCAAUUAAUUCCAACAGUACCUGGACUGUCCCCAAAUUCUACCACCUCUGCAGCUUGGCUUAGCAGUGAUGGGGAGGCUCUUUUUGCUUUACCAUCUGCUGCUGGCGGCAUCUUUGUUCUUAAACUACCUCCUUAUGACAUACCUGGGGUAGCAUCAGUUGUGGAACUGAAACAGAGUUCAGUGAUGCAACGAUUACUCACAGGCUGGAUGCCCACAGCUAUAAGGGGUGACCAGGGGCCUUCAGAUCGUACCCUCAGUCUUGCUGUUCACUGUGUUGAACAUGAUGCUUUGAUUUUUGCCCUGUGUCAGGAUCAUAAACUCCGGAUGUGGUCCUAUAAGGACCAAAUGUGCCUGAUGGUGGCUGACAUGCUGGAAUAUGUCCCUGUGAACAAAGAGCUUCGACUCACUGCAGGAACGGGACAUAAAUUACGACUUGCAUAUUCACCGUCCAUGGGGCUCUACCUAGGAAUAUAUAUGCAUGCCCCCAAACGAGGACAGUUCUGCAUUUUCCAGUUGGUGAGCACUGAGAAUAAUCGGUAUAGUUUAGAUCACAUUUCUUCACUGUUCACUUCUCAGGAAACACUGGUUGAUUUUGCCUUAACCUCAACGGAUAUCUGGGCCCUGUGGCACGAUGCUGAGAACCAGACAAUUGUCAAAUAUAUCAACUUUGAACACAAUGUUGCAGGUCAGUGGAAUCCAGUUUUUAUGCAGCCUCUGCCAGAAGAAGAAAUUGUCAUCAGAGAUGACCAAGACCCCAGAGAAAUGUAUUUGCGGAGCCUUUUUACACCAGGACGAUUCAUAAAUGCAGCUUUAUCUAAAGCUUUACAGAUUUUCUGCAGGGGAACUGAGAGAAACUUGGAUCUUUCAUGGAGUGAACUUAAAAAAGAAAUUACUUUAGCUGUUGAAAAUGAGCUCCAAGGAAGUGUAACAGAAUAUGAAUUCUCCCAGGAUGAAUUUCGUACUUUGCAACAGGAAUUCUGGUGCAAGUUCUAUGCCUGCUGUCUCCAGUAUCAGGAAGCCCUCUCUCACCCUCUUGCUCUACAUUUGAAUCCUCUCACAAACAUGGUGUGCCUUCUGAAGAAAGGAUACCUGUCUUUCCUGGCGCCAUCUUCCUUAGUAGAUCAUUUGUAUCUCCUGCCUGAUGAGCACCUUUUGACAGAGGAUGAGACAACCAUAUCGGAUGAUGCAGAUGUGGCUCGGGAUGUCAUAUGUCUUAUAAAAUGCCUCCGGAUGAUUGGAGAGUCAGUUACCAUGGAUAUGGCAGUUUUGAUGGAAACCAGUUGUUAUAACUUACAGUCUCCAGAAAAGGCUGCAGAGCACAUUUUGGAAGAUUUGAUCACUAUUGAUGUAGAAAAUGUGAUGGAAGACAUUUGUAGUAAGCUGCAAGAGAUCAGAAACCCUGUCCAUGCCAUUGGACUUCUUAUACGGGAAAUGGAUUAUGAGACAGAAGUAGAGAUGGAAAAGGGAUUUGAUCCAGCUCAGCCUUUGAAUGUUCGAAUGAAUCUCUACCAGCUCUGUGGUAGUAGCACAGCAGGCUAUAUUGUGUGCAGAGGUGUGUAUAAAAUUGCCAACACUCGUUUCCUGAUCUGCCGAGACCUAUUGAUCUUACAGCAGCUUUUAACAAGACUAGGAGAUGCAGUAAGUACUACUUGUGGAAAAACUUGUAAACUGUCAAACCUAGGAGAGCUGGAGUCUUCUGGGUGUGUUGAAGGAGCUGCGGGCCGCGUUCCUUCCGCCCGGGAAUCUAAUCUGCAACAUUUGUCAGUACUGAAAUUAACUGAUUCUGGUGCCUUGAUGGCAAAUAAAUUGGCGUCCAAUCCUCAGACAAUUAUGGAGUUAUUCUUCCACGAAGUUGCAAGAAAACAUAUUAUAUCUCAUCUCUUCUCUCAACCAAAAGCCCCUUUGAGUCAAACUGGAUUGAACUGGCCUGAAAUGAUUACUGCAAUUACCAGUUAUUUGUUGCAGCUUUUAUGGCCUAGCAAUCCUGGUUGUCUCUUUCUAGAAUGUUUGAUGGGAAAUUGCCAGUAUGUACAAUUGCAGGAUUAUAUUCAGCUGUUGAAUCCCUGGUGUCAAGUCAAUGUUGGAUCCUGUCGAUUUAUGCUGGGACGGUGUUACCUGGUUACAGGAGAAGUGCAGAAGGCUCUGGAAUGUUUCUGUCAGGCAGCAUCUGAAGUAGGCAAAGAAGAAUUCUUAGAUCGCUUGAUUCGCUCAGAGGAUGGGGAGAUUGUGUCAACUCCCAAGCUACAGUAUUAUACUAAGGUUUUAAGUCUACUGGGUAUUGUUGGAUUGCCUGAACUGAUUAUCCAGCUGGCUACGGUAGCAAUUACUGAAACUGGUGAUGACUGGAAAAGUCAGGCUAUUUUAAGAACAUGCAUUUUCAAACAUCAUUUGGACUUGGGUCACAAUAGCCAAGCAUAUGAGGCCUUAACCCAAAUUCCUGAUUCCAGCAGUCAGCUGGACUGCUUGCGACAACUAGUGGUGGUUCUUUGCGAGCGCUCCCAAUUGCAGGACCUCGUGGCGUUCCCCUAUGUGAAUCUGCAUAAUGAGGUUGUAGGAAUAAUUGAAUCACGUGCUAGAGCUGUGGACCUUAUGACUCACAAUUACUACGAACUUCUCUAUGCUUUUCACAUCUACCGCCACAAUUACCGAAAAGCUGGUACAGUGAUGUUUGAAUAUGGUAUGCGCCUUGGCAGAGAAGUUCGAACUCUCCGGGGACUCGAGAAGCAAGGCAACUGUUAUCUGGCUGCUAUUAACUGUUUACGCCUUAUUCGUCCAGAGUAUGCAUGGAUCGUACAGCCAGCUUCUGGGGCAGUGUCUGAUCGCCCUGGCGCAUCUCCCAAGAGGAAUCAUGAUGGCGAAUGCACAGUUGCCCCAAGCAAUCGACAAAUUGAAAUUCUGGAACUGGAAGAUCUGGAAAAAGAAUGUUCUUUAGCUCGAAUUCGCCUCACGUUGGCUCGACAUGAUCCAUCAGCGAUUGCUAUUGCAGGAAGUUCAUCAGCGAAGGAGAUGGUCACUCUUCUGGUUCAGGCUGGCCUCUUUGACACUGCCAUAUCACUGUGUCAGACUUUUAAGCUUCCCUUAACACCAGUCUUUGAAGGACUUGCUUUUAAGUGCAUCAAGUUGCAGUUUGGAGGAGAAGCAGCACAAGCAGAAGCCUGGGCCUGGCUAGCAGCCAAUCAGCUGUCUUCUGUCAUCACUACGAAGGAGUCCAGUGCUACAGAUGAAGCAUGGAGGUUACUGUCAACUUACUUGGAAAGAUACAGAGUCCAGAAUAACUUGUAUCAUCAUUGUGUGAUCAACAAGUUGUUGUCUCAUGGAGUCCCUCUGCCUAACUGGCUUAUAAACAGUUACAAGAAAGUUGAUGCUGCUGAGUUGCUUCGUCUGUACUUGAACUAUGACCUUUUAGAAGAAGCUGUCGAUUUGGUCUCCGAGUAUGUGGAUGCUGUAUUAGGGAAAGGACAUCAGUACUUUGGAAUUGAGUUCCCGCUGUCUGCAACAGCCCCAAUGGUAUGGCUCCCAUACUCCUCUAUUGAUCAGCUUCUCCAGGCUCUUGGAGAGAACAGUGCCAACAGUCACAACAUCGUCCUGUCCCAGAAAAUUCUUGACAAACUAGAAGACUACCAGCAAAAAGUUGACAAGGCAACACGGGAUUUAUUAUACCGUCGGGACUUGUGACCUGGAUAGCUACUCAGCCUUUGUAACCGAUUGGUGCCUAUGAGGGCUUAGGACUACUCCACAGAACCCUGUGCUCAAGGCCAGUUUUUUAUAACUACUAAUGAUUUGUAUGGCACUUUGAAUCUGAAUUCUGCACAGGCUAAGAGAACUGGAGAGUCAGGAUCAACCCCGCGCUCGCUGGUGGUGCUAUCACGGUUUCUGGUUUUCAACCUUCCUCUCCCACAGCUGCUUUUGUAUAUGAUUCUCAAGCUUUUUCAGAGUUUAUAUUUUUUUAAGCUACCGAAGACAUCCUUUAUCUGCAAAUGAAAACUGACCUUGACUUUCCAUUAUACGUGAUGGUUGUUGGCUUGUUAUAACUGGCCACAAAUAGUCACUGCAUAUCUUUUAAUUUUUCCUUAUCAGUUUUUGUAUUUUAGUGGGAUUGUUUUGGUCCAGAAUUAACAUGUAUUUUCUGUAUUGCAAACAAAGGCUAGUGGUUUUUGCAUACUUUUGUCAUUAUUUAUUGUAGAGUUUUUCAUAUGACCAUCAAUAAAGUAUUAAGUAAUUUGCGUAGAUUAAGUAUAAAUUAUGGCCAGCUUUUUAAGGAAAAUACAUUUUGAGUCUCACUCUAAGCUAAUGUUGAAUAAACAUUAGAAAAAAUUAAUGUCCAUCAUCUAUGAAAGAAACAGAUUUUCAUUUUCAAAAUGUAUUAGUUUAUGUAACUUAUCAUAAUCAAGCUGGACUUGAUCAUACAGUUAGUCUGAUAAUAUUUUGGAUCAAAAUAGAAUUUUACUGGUCAGAAUCAGAAACAUUCAUACGUACAAACUACAAACUUUGGGAAAGAUUAAAAAAAAAUAAUAAAAUAUCCUUUGAUUUUAU